AUGGCAAGACCCCGAUUCUAUGGCCUCCCUAAGGUGCACAAAGACGGCGCUCCUCUCCGACCCAUCGUGUCGCUCAAAGGGACUCCAACGUACGGACUGGCUAAGUGGCUGUUCCGGCGUCUCAAGUUCCUGACCGCUGAGUCAGACACCACGGUCUCUUCGUCAGCACAAUUCCUGGAGAAACUCAAAGGGGUAAGCAUCCAUCCAAAUGAGGUCAUGGUAUCUUUUGAUGUUACAUCCCUUUUUACUUCUAUUCCCCAGGACCUGGCGAUCGAGACAAUUGAACUGCUACUACAAAGCAAAAACGAUGAAACGGAGAAUCGUCUUGGACGCGCCCAAAUCCUUCAGCUCCUGAAGCUCUGUCGCAGGACGUACUUCACGUUCGACGGGACAAUCUACGAACAGGUGAAGGGCACACCAAUGGGUUCGCCGAUUUCGGGAUUUAUCGCCGAGGCGGUCCUGCAACGGUUAGAGUCGCUGGUCUUCCAACACCACAGACCGAAAUUCUGGGCCCGGUAUGUGGAUGAUACCUUCGUCGUCAUCGAACGGGAUCAGGUGUUGACAUUCCAAGAACAUCUCAACGCCGUCUUCCCGGACAUACAAUUAACGAUGGCGGAGGAAGAGAACAACCAGCUGGCCUUCCUGGAUGUCCUCGUAUGCCGCAAGGAUUGUGGUGGACUAAAGACCAAAGUGUUCAGGAAAGCGACAAAUACGAUGCAAGUACUGAACUUCAACAGUAACCACCCAAUCAGCCACAAACGCAGUUGUGUAAGGACGCUCUUUCGGCGUGUCGAAACGCACUGCAGUGAGCCGGAAGACGGGUCUUCAAAGCCAAUGGCUACCCGCGCAACUUCGUCAACCGGUGCAUACGCAAAAGGGACCAAAGGCCUAACCGCACGGACACCACGGUCUUGGCGGGCACUUCCGUAUGUCAAGAACGUUUCGGAAGCUGUCGGCCGCCUUCUCGCACCACUUGGGGUUGGAGUGGCACACAGACCGGAGGCAACCAUCAGACGUCUGAUCAUGAAACCGAAAGACCCACUGCCACGGCUAGAAACGUCUGGAGUCGUUUAUCGGAUCUGGUGCAGUUGCGGACAAAGCAACUACGUCGGAGAAACCGGAAGACAGCUCCGAACGAGAAUGGCCGAACACGCGGCAGCGGUGCGCAGAAAUGACGCCAGCUCUCAAGUUACAGCUCAUUCGACGAGAUCCGGCCACACAUUUAAAUUCGAUGAGGCCGAAAUUCUCGCAAGAGGUGACAACCGCGUGAGCCGGGAGCUACUGGAAUCAUGGUUUACUGGCCCCCAGUCCAUCAACAAGUGCAACGAUCUUCCCAUUCAAUACAGCGUGCUGAGACUUCGUCUAGGCGGAGAAAUUGGCCACGCGGGGAGCGCACUGGUGAACACUCUUCCCAACACCCGGGUCAACGCGUCAGAUGGUCGAGCAAUCAUCACACCAACAUCCAACGCACGUGAUGAAAUUGAAGCAAUUAUCGACUCGAAUGCCGGCCAUCAAGCAAUGAUCACACCAAGCGUGACAACGGUCAUAGGUAUGCGGUAG